UGCCUUUUUCUUUCUUUGGUUUAUCAUAAUGAUUCAUAUAUGCACACGUGAGACAUAGAAGGCACCAGUGGAAGAGCAAUUGACCUAAAAUAGGAAGAAAAAGAAAGAUAAACAAAAUAUAACAGAGAAAAUGUCAAAGAAUAAACCUUUUCCCUUUUCCCCUUUUUUUUUUAUUUUUUUAUAUUUACUUAUACAACUCAUGGAUAUACUAUGCUUAUACAACACUAAUGUACAUAAAUCUAAAUACCAAGACAUCUAUUCUCUGUUUUCAUAUCUGAAAAAGCCUAUUCUAAAAGAUCACUCAAAAUCACCCAAAUGUAUCAUAACCAUGUCUACAAUAACACCUGCACAAACAACAACACAAUUACUUGUGUUCAAUACCCAAACUUCAUUCAACAAUACCCUUCCUCAGAAAUUGAUAGAUCUAUCUAUGUUAUUACAAGCCAAAUCAAAAAUACCUGUAUCCUCAUCAGGUGGAAUAGGACAAAUAAAAUACAUAGAUAAAAGAACUUUGAUUGCUGCCCAUCAGCCUAAACGACCCGUUUGGACAGAAUCCCAUGCUUAUAUCAGAGGGUCGCGUACGAAUACAGAUCAGCUUAGAAUCCUUUCUACAGAAUUAAACAUGAUACGUGCUUCUAAAAUUACAAGGUCAUUAAAGCCUAGGCGCUCUUUUUUAUCAAAAAGACAAGAUGUUUUUGUUUGGGGAAAACCAAGUCCAUUGAGACGAAGUGAAUAAACAAAUAAACGCCAUUCAUCGUUAUCAGCGUCUCGUGUCACGUGUUUAUUUUACAAAUUAUUCCCCAAAUUGCAUAAUUUUUUAUCAUGUUGCGUUCACUCGUUCGCAUUUCAUUUACUCGAUCGUUCAUUAGUA